GCCAGUGGAAGUGAGAGCUGCUGUUACAUCAGCAUCAUGCAUGAAAGAUGAUCCUGACUGAAGCAGGCAGAGAAGAACGAGAUGCAGCUCCUGCAGUGUUGUGGCUCCUGAGGCAAGAUUAGGCCUGUACAGGCUAAAUGUGUGUCAGCACGCAUGCCCUGUCACACCUCAUCAUAUGUGUCCAAAGGUCUGUUAUGCCUUGUGCAGUUUCACUCAGUAAGACGAUUAGGGGGAAAGCAGCUGGAAGAAGGAGUGAAACAACAUUACUUCUGUAUUAAAAAUAACGAUGGCAUUGGCGUUCCUGCCAGCACUGGCUCGUAUGGCCGUAAGCGGCGGUACUCAUGGAAACGAGCUGUCCGGUGUGUAUGUGGUGCAGGAGAUGGAGCAACAGCGGAAAGAGACGGGAGAGCACGCGUGGCCGAUUCCCAUUACAACCGUGCUGUCAAACCCACGGGCUGUGAGAGAGUGCAGGAGAUACAUUGACAGGGAUAUAAACCGCUGCUUCAACAGAGCCACGCUGAGUUCUCCUAUUACAGACAGCAGCCCGUAUGAAGUCCGGCGCGCUCAGGAACUGAACAAUCUGCUGGGGCCGAAAGGAUCCACAGAUGCAAUGGACUUGAUCUGUGACCUUCAUAACACCACGGCUAACAUGGGCCUCACACUGAUCCAUUACACGACCAGUGACUGGGUGACUCUGCACAUCUGCAAAUACUUACAGACUAAGAUAACCAAAGUGCCUGUGAGAGUGCUGGUACUGGAUGUCCCGAUUAGUGAUGCUUAUUCCUUGGAGUCUGUAUCCAAGCAUGGCUUUUCAAUAGAGGUCGGGCCGCAGCCGCAUGGUGUCGUCAGGGCUGACAUCUAUACCAUUAUGAAAGAGGCCGUCGACUUGACAAUCGACUGGAUCCACAAAUUCAACUCAGGAACGGUGUUUGAAGGCGGGGAUGUGGAAGCCUUUAAGUUUAUCAAAAGUGUGGAUUAUCCCAGAGAUCCAGAGACUCGGACUCUCACCGCUGCCAUUCAUCCUCAGCUGCAGGACAGAGACUUCUGUCUCCUCAAGCGGGGAGACCCUUUGUUUUUGUCAUUUUCUGGAGAAACUGUGAAGUAUGAAGAAGAGCCACUUCAUCCUUUCUUUAUCAAUGAAGCUGCCUACUAUGAAAAGGAAAUCGCUUUUCACUUGGGAAAAAAGAUGAUGCUGACAAUUCCAUCAGUGCAGGUGCAGAAAGACUGAAGGAUGAGAGAGGAGAAGAUAUUAAACUCAGCACAAUUACCAACACCAAUCAGAUGAUUUUAAAAGAAUGUCACUCAAAUUAUUUUAACAAUG